GAGGAGGAGUUCAUAUUAAUCCAAACACGGAGGCAACAAUAUCCACAGCGUUUGUCGACAACAAAUUUAUUAUAUCCCGUCGACUUCAGUAACAGCAUGGCCGCUCAGAAGAUAAACGAAGCUCAUGAGCACAUAGCUAAAGCGGAAAAAUGCUUAAAGACAAGUCUGACAAAGUGGAAGCCUGAUUAUGACAGUGCUGCAUCAGAAUACGCCAAAGCAGCUGUGUGCUUCAAGAAUGCCAAGCAGUAUGACCAGGCAAAGGAUGCUUACCUGAAGGAAGCUGAAUAUCACACAGAAAACAAGACGCUUUUUCAUGCUGCAAAGGCUAUUGAACAGGCAGGUAUGAUGAUGAAGGAACAAAAGAAGAUGCCAGAGGCCAUCCAGUACAUAGAGAAAGCCUGUAUGAUGUACAUGGAGAACGGGACCCCUGACACUGCUGCCAUGGCUCUGGACAGGGCUGGAAAACUGAUUGAGCCUAUAAACCUGGAGAAAGCUGUGGACCUGUAUCAAAAGGCAGCUGGUGUGUUUGAGAAUGAGGACCGUCUGCGUCAGGCUGUUGAACUGCUGGGCAAAGCCUCCAGACUUCUGGUCAGGUUAAAAAGGUUGGACGAAGCAGCGGUGGCUCUGCAGAAAGAGAAGAACAUGUACAAAGAGAUCGAGAACUUCCCCAUGUGCUUCAAGAAAACAACUGCCCAAGUGCUGAUUCAUCUUCACAGAGGGGACUACGUAGCAGCUGAUAAAUGUGUCAGAGAAAGUUACAGUCUGCCUGGCUACAGUGGAAGCGAAGAUUGCAUUGCCAUGGAGACGCUACUGCAGGGCUACGACGAGCAGGACGAGGACCAGGUCUACCGCGUGUGCAACUCACCUUUACUGAAGUACAUGGACAAUGAUUACGCCAAGCUGGCCAUUUCCCUGAGGGUACCCGGAGGAGGAGGAAAGAAGAAGAAGGCUGCAGCUGCUCCACAGGGUGGUGCUAGUGGGGCGCCAGCUGCCGCCGAUGAGGAUGAUGAUUAUGAGGGCGGGCUGUGUUAGCCUCCAACGUGCUGACUCUACCUAUCUACUGUUCCAGCACUACACCCUCUGUGUACGAGUUAAAAACCUUGACAAACCCUCUCAGCUCUGAAGCCCAGAUGGGCGACUGUUUUGAUCUUUAUCGUGCAAAAAAUAAUAAUAAAAAAAAAAAAAACACAUUUAAAACCCCAACAGUUACAGUCGGUGUUGCAGAAGAGUCAAGUGCAAACAGCCUUUUAAUUUGCAUUUCUUUGAGGUGGAUCCUCUGUGUAAUGAAAAAUCACUCUUCAAUGUUCAAUAAUGUAUGAAAGCCUGUUGUAUGUAAAUGUUCCAUUUCUUGUUUCUGUGAAGCUGUACAUUUUGCUGUUAUUGCUUGUGGAAAGGUUACUAUAGAUAUAUUAAAAAUCAAAUACUUUAAGAAAUAUGUCUAAUAAGUUGAUCAAUAUAUUAGGUGUUUCUUUGUACUACUUGUAGUUAAUUUAUUCAAUAUUAAUGGAUACAGUCUUGAAAAAGUGCUGGAACAAUAUGCAGUUAGUUAAUGCAUGUUUGGAAUAAUGAAAUCAAAACCAAUGCUGUGAUGAAUUGGUUAAUAUUAAUGCUUAAAAAUGAUUCAAUCCGUUUUCAACAUAAGCGCUUAUUCAUGAAUUAAAAAAGGAAUGAUGAUGCAGCUUGUAGCCAAUUGUAGACCGUUUGUCUACCUCGAGGUGUGCGUUAUCCACCUUUUAAAAGAAAAAGAAAAAACCUCAUGGCUGUGUCUACCAAUUUCCAUAGUACAAUCCUCAAAUUAAAACUACUUAAACAUGAAAAAGGGACCAUGCAGUGAUUUUUUUUUCCUUUUUAAAUACUGAAUUUGUGUCAUUUAUCUUAGUGUUCAUACAAAGAAUGCGAGAAUUCCUCUACAGACAAGAUCAUUUAAAUGCCAAUUCAAAAAUAUUCUGUCACUAAAAUAAUAAAAAAGGGACUGUUUACAUUU